AGCAUAGUAGUAAUAACCCCACUCUAACUUGCUCCUUCUCAGUUCUCACAUUCAAAUGCAAAUCCCGCCACCCUUCUCUCUCAUAUAACAAAAUUCAAAUCCCACUUUCCAUUGCUACCAUCCCAUAACCAUUGCCUUUCUCUUUGAAGAGUCAGCGAAUCCAAAAAGAAACCCCAUUUCACUUUUUUUUUUUUUUUGUAUCAUUCUAUUCUCCUUUAGCUCUUUAGCUUGUUUACAAAAUCCUUCAACAUGAAGAAGAUAUUAACAUCAUCAUCAUCAUCUUAUUCAUCCACCCUCAGUUUGGACUCUUCUUUGUGCAACUCCAAAAGUGCCACUACUGCAGGGUGUCUCACAGCAAUCUUGCGAAGGAUUCUCUGCUCUGGAGGCCUUCCAACACACCCAUCAGACCAAAUCGGAGAACUUGACUCAAUGCCAAAGAUGAGUGACAAAGUUCAAGAAUUCAAGACUAAACACAACACCGAAUCUAUAGCCACCGCCACUACUACUACUAUUACUCCUGGGAUACUAGAAAGGUUAAUGGGUUUGGAAUCAAUGGUAGUAGAGAGAGAUACAAAUACAGCCAAUGAAUCAACAUCAAGUUCUUCACUUCCACGUAGCAAAUCAAUGAACUCUGUGGACUACUUGGGGGAAUGCAAGAGAAUGGACGGUCUUCAUAAGCGUGCUAAGUCUUCAUCAUUCCGUGAGGUUCCAACUUUCCUCUUGCAUGAAAGUGAGAACUUCUUGGUGCUCAGCUUUGAAAGUGGAUGUGAUGGUGGAGAAUUCAGGUCCAAAGAGAGAAAAAAAGAAAAGGGUUCAAAAGAGAGAAGUGAGUUGAAGAAAAACAAGAGAGAAAAGGUGCAUGAUGACAUGUUUUCUGUCAAUGUUGGAAAUGAUGGUGAAUUUGCCCAAACUACGACACUGUUCAUGGCUUGUUCUGAAAAGGAGUACGUUGGUUCAGAAAUGGUGGGAUUCUCAUUCUCACACCCCGUGAAGCGCAAGGAAGUUACCAAUGGUGAGAAAUUGAAGAGGAGAAAAAAGGGAACAACGUGUUAUGCAGAAAAGAAGGUGGACACUGAAUGCAGUUCAGAAGAUUCAAGCCCAGUUUCUAUCUUUGAUUUUGAGCGUGGAGCUCCUGAAACAGAGAUGGAUACAAGUUGGAGAAGAAAAUUGUCACCAGAGCUUGAAAAUGAGCAGCUUGAUGAUCUGCAUUGUGAUAGUAAUUUGAUGAUUAAAGAGAGGAAGGUCAAUACAAUUGAGGACAACAAAAAUGAAGGAUCAAAGAAAAGUGAGAAGCAAAGCCAGGAAUGUAUAGAUAUUCGGGGAGAAAUUUGUAUGCUAGUUGAAGGUGAAUUGGGAUCAAAUAGGUUAGAGGAAGGGUUGUGGAAACAAGGUGAUAUUGAAAGUGUGUGCGCAGAUUUUGAGUCACAAAUUUUUUAUCAUAUGUUACAUGAGUUCAUAGAUCAACUUGUUGGGGAUCCCUUGAAAGCAUUGCAAUUUCAAAAUUUGUAAAACAAGCAAAUGAAUGAAAUGUAAAAAGAUUUUUAUUCUCUUCUCC